GUGAGGAUGAGUCUGGGAAAUUGGCGAGCAUCACUUCUGGAGCCCUAGCCGCAUGCCAUUGCCCAAAAUUUCUUCGAUUUUUCAUCUUCUUCUCGAUCUCGGACGGUGAAAUUCGAUCUCUUUCGAGAUAUUGUGAUUGCUGCGAGAUAUAAAUAUGUAUCCUUCGAAGGGUAGCAGUUCAUAUGGGCAGCAAUUGUAUAAUACACAACAGGGAUAUGCGCAACUAGCUGGAACUAGUUAUUCAGGGACUCCUGUUGGUGGUUCCGAUGUGGCUGGUCAGCAUGCUUUGGCAUCUCAUCAACAAUCUUUGCUAGUUGCUCCUCAAGAAUCAGAUUUAAGUUCUUAUAGAACCCAUUCUUCACAAGCUUCUCAAUAUGGAAGUCCAUAUGCUGCUGCGUAUGCAUCAUCUACUUUGGGUACUCAGCAGGCUGGAGGAUUCAGUGCUAAGGUACCAGGUUCAUCCAGUCUGCAGGGCCGAACAUCAUAUGCCUCUGCUUUAGCAGACUCAUCUAAGUUCUCAUCUGGAGCUUUAGGUUCCAGCUUGGCGAUGAGCAAUGAGGGCUAUGUUUCAGCAUCAAGUCUUGGAUAUACACAGAAGGGUGAUCAAUUUCCUGCAGCAAAGGGUUCUGAUUAUACAAUGGAUAGGAGGCUAUAUAUUGAUCAUCAGGGUGCUUAUAUUGGGAGGGAUUUACAGAAUGAUUCAUCUAGAAGAUACACUGAUAGUCUCCCCAUUAGCCAUCUAUCUAAGUCUGAGAUCCAUGAUCAUGCAGACCAGGCAUCACUUAUUCGUCAACAACAAGGGCUCAAUGCUCAAUCUCUGCAGGCUGGUGCUGAUGCAAGACAAGCUGAUUACUUUGCAGCAACGGCUGGCCCUGUUCGCCAUGGGCUUCAAGAAUUUAAUUCUUAUAGUGGAAGAGUGGAUGUGAAUCCACGCAGUUCAUCGAUUCUUGGUAGCUCUCCAUAUGUUGGGCAACAUUCAUCUUCCAUUCUUGGAGGAGCUUCUAGGAGAAAUGUGGAUGAACACACUUAUCCACAGGGAUCAUCUACUGCUGGUUAUGGGGUCAGUUUACCCCCCGGACGGGAUUAUGUUGCGGGAAAAGGUCUUCAUGGUCCAUCUGUUGAGUCUGACUACCAAGGUAGUGUCUUAUCUCGUGGGCAUUCAAGCAUUGGAGUAUCAAUGAUUAAUGAAAGGAAGGAUGAUAGAGAUGGACUUCGCCGGGAAUUUGAGAUAAGGGAGGAGGAGCGUCGUAGGGAGCUAAUGCGGGAGAGAGAAAGAGAACGGGAUAGGGAACGUGAACGGGAGCGGGAGCGUGAACGUGAUCGUGAAAGAGAGAAAGAACGUGAAAGAAUUCGCAUCUUGGAGCGCCGAGAAAGGGAAAGAGAACGAGAUCGAGAAAGAGAACGUGAGCGCCGAGAAAAGGAGAGGGAGCGUGAACGGAAGCGUGAAGCUGACGCCAGGCGGGUGAGAACUCCACCGAAAGCUGCUAGAGAACAUCGCGCUUCUUCUUCUGCGGCAAAUGAAAGAUCAGUGCAACGAGUCACACCUCGCCGUGAGAUGUUGCAUAGGCAUGGUUCACCUGUUAAAGAAAAAAGGAGGGAAUAUGUUUGCAAGGUUCACCCCUUUUGCUUGGUGGAUGCUGAAAGGGACUACUUAUCAUUGAGUAAGAGAUACCCCAAGUUGUCAAUAUCUCCUGAAUUUUCAAAGGUUAUGCUAUUGUGGCCCAAGAAAACAUUAAACAUAUCGCUUUAUACUCCUGUCAGCUUUGAGCAUGACUUUGUAGAAGUUGAUAACAAAGAUGCUGAGAAAGAAAUUCCAUCAGUGGAUGUAUUGCCAAAAUUUGAGUGCAGUAAUAUUACAUGGAAUGCCAAGGUCAUUUUGAUGAGUGGAGUCAGCAGUGGUGCUUUAGAGGGGCUAUGCUCAGAGAAAACCCCUGUUGAUAGGGCCAUCCACAUGAAGAAUAUUCUUAAAUUUGCGGUUCUCAAGAAGGAGCAGUCUUUUUUGGCCAUUGGAGGCCCAUGGAGUGCAUCAAUAGAUGGUGGGGAUCCAUCAGUUGAUGAGUCCUCCUUGAUUCGAACAGCCAUAAGAUGUGUCAAAGAAAUUAUCCAACUUGAUUUACAUAAUUGCGUGCAAUGGAAUCGUUUUCUCGAGAUCCAUUAUCACAGAAUUGGUAAGGAUGGCUUCUUUAGUCAUAAAGAAAUCACUGUAUUGUUUGUGCCGAACCUGUCAAACUGUCUGCCUUCUGUUGAUAUUUGGCGAACUCAAUGGCUAGCAUACAAAAAGGAUAUAGCAGAGAGGGAACAGCCUUUGUCUUUAAAGCAAGAGAAGAAAUCUAGCAAGGAGAACUUGCAAGGUGAUCAGAAAGCAAACAAAUCUAAGAACGUGGAUAAUUCUGGAAGAAAAGUUAAAACUGAAGACACUCAAGGAAAAGUUGAGGAAAAAGAGGGUUUGGAAGGAGUGAUCCUUGAUAAAACACCUGACAUGAAAACUCCGGCUGAAAAGAAAGGCAAAGGUCCUGCAGUAGAUGAAAAACAAAUUGAGAAGAAAAAUUUGGACGUUGAGGUUGGAGAUGGCAAAAAUAAUGGAAGUCAGUCCCAGGAUGGGGCUUUGACAACCUCAGUAACUGAUGUGCAAAAGACCACAAAGAAGAAAGUCAUUAGGAAGAUAGUGAAAGGAAAGACCAUUGCUAAGAAAAGUCCGGUUGGUGGAAAGAUGGAUGUGAAGCAUGAAGUAGAGAAACAAGGUAACCAAGAAACUGCUAUCCAUGAAAAUGAAAUUUCAGUGGACAAUGUAAAUGCUAAUACUUCUGUUUUAAAGAAAACAGUUAAGAAUGAUUCUGCAGCAAAAUCACCUCAGAAGGAUGAUAUGGCGGUGGACACUUCUACCAUGCAAACUGAGAUUAAAGCUGACAUAGAAAGUGAGCUUCAAAAUGACAAGGCAAUGGGCCAGAAACCAGAGGGAACUGCUGUGACGCAAGAAACUGUGGUUAAAAUGGCAGGAAAGAAGAAAGUUAUAAGAAGGGUAGUUAAAAGAAAAGUUGCCAAGAAGGAGCUGAAGGAUGGAAACUCCAUUGCCAUUGAGUUAGAGAAAGUUGACAAUGUGACACCUGAAAAAGUAGUUGAGGGAGAUGGACUGAAGAUCCGAGAUGGAAAAAAAGAUGACUUGGUUGUGAUUAAAUCUGAGAAUGAGAUUACUGAGGUGCCUAAAUUGGCAACUGGUGAGAAGUGCAAGGCAAGUGAAGCAAAAGCAAAGAGUGAAAAAGAAGAUAUAAAACAAAGCAUAGGCGGGGAUAAACGCCCCAGGGCAGGAAAAAAAGACUCUAAUAGCAGCUCUAACUCCAAAAAUGUAGAAGGAAAGGACAGUAAGAAAGAUGGCCAGAAUAAUGAUAGGAAAGAUGAGAAAGAAAAGAAGAGUAAUGACACAAAACAAGAUGCCAAACAAAAAACAAGCAAAGAAAUUAAGGGGAAGAAGUCUGAGGAACCUCCUAAACAUCCAGGUUUUUUUCUGCGGAUGAAACGAACUAGGGGAUCUAAGCUUCGUUCAGUAUCCCUCUCUUUGGAUGGGCUGUUGGAGUAUACUGAGAAAGAUACUCAAGAAUCAACUUUUGAGCUUUCUUUGUUUGCUGAGACACUAAAUGAAAUGCUGCAAUAUGAAAUGGGUUGCCGACUCUUAGGUUUUCUUGAGAAAUUACGCAAAAAAUUUGUUAUGAAAAUUCAUCAACGGAAAAGGGAAAGAGAUGAGAAAACCGAAAAUGGAAGUGAGAAAGAGAAAUCGCCUCUAAAACGGCUAAAGAUUGAUAAGGAAUCUCCUCAAGAGAAUGAACCUAAAUCCAGUAUACAAGGUGCUCCUGACCUGAAUGCAGAUGAAAAAGUAGGUGAUGAUGCUACUGCAGUUUCAGCAGAUACAUCCAAGAUGGAAAAUAGAACGGAUGGUGAUGAUAAUGAAGAUGAUGGCGAUGAGGAUAUUGAGGAUGAAGAUCCCGAAGAGUUUUUUGAAGAUGAGCAAGAAGUUGAUGGUGCUGAUGAUAUACCCCAGGAGGAUGUAGCCCAGGAUGAAAAUUCCAAUUUGGAGGGGAAGCUUGAGAAGACUGAUACUAUACAAGAUACAAAUAAGAAAGCUGAGGAUCCUAAAAACAGUGGGGGCAAUGGAAAGGUAGAUAAUAAGAUUGGCAGUCCAAAGAAAGAAGAUAAAGAGGUCUGCUCUAAGAACAAGUUGGAUCUUGAAAAACAUGACUUUGUUGAUAAAGAACUGCUCCAGGCUUUCAGGUUUUUCGACCAAAAUCAAGUGGGCUACAUCAAGGUGGAGGAUUUGAGGUGCAUUCUUCACAACUUGGGCAAAUUCCUGACAUACAAGGAUGUCAAGGAAUUGGUACAAAGUGCCCUGAUCGAGAGCAACUCCGCGGCCAGAGAUAACCGGAUCAUCUACCGGAAACUUGUGAGGUUAAGGGACAUUUGAUAUUUGCAUGUUUUAUAUAAAUUGGUGAAACCUUGUCUUCAGAUUAUGUUGGACUAGGAUUAGCAUUAAGAAAGAUUAAGUGAAAAUUAUGGCUUCUUUGUUUGCAAAUUGUGUAUUUUUUUUUUGGGGUUCUUUUUGUAGAUUCUCUACAUAAGAAACAUUGUCGUCUUUGUUUUUAUUAAAUCUGAUUGAGAUUUUUGUCCUUCA